CAACGGGUGCAUGUGCAACUUGUAUUUUGAGUUAUCAGUUUGUUGCAGUAGCUUUUACCACGACUGAAAGAUUGUCAUAGUGAGUGCGCCCCAUCUCUUUACAUAAGAUGAUAUACAUGGAGUAUGAUUUUAGUGUCACAUGCCAGAGCGGUACUACGAAUAACCAUGUUUUCGCCUUUAUAGCUUGGGUCAUAUAUUUAAGGACAUAAAAACAUGUCGACGUAAUCAGAAGUUUGCCACACCGUUUUCUUCUUUGACGAUUGGCUGAUUUCUGUUCUUGCGGGAACUUGUCACUAAGCAAGCCAUCAUGGCGGCAUACGCGCCCAACUCCUGACAUGGUAUGCCUACCUGAUCGGUUGUUUCAAUUUCUUCGUCCAGGAACAGUACUUGUUAUCUCAUGUCGCCGACAGUCGAACCUGACAAUGUUACAAUGAAUAUAAGCCCACCUUAGAAUUGGUUACUAAAAUGUGACUAUUCAGGAAUACUGUGAACGUUUUCCCCCCGGUGAGAACAUCAACCAAAGCCAAAGCGCUGCGCAGCUCGUUCUUUGCUUUAAAUCCGCAGUCAUGUCAAGCCCAGUAGCAGUUCCAGUUUUGAUGUUUUUGUACAGCAAUGACGCCACAGAAAUACGUUAUUCUGAUGGUUCCAGACUGGAGUUGUCACCCUGUGGGUCUACUAUGGUGCAUCACAAGGCUCAUUCUGAAAGCAGGCUUUCAUUAAAAGGUUCCAAAUGUCAGAAGAGGACUAGGUUUGUGACAAGUGAACACCGGACGAAAGUACUGCAAGCUUUAGAUUUCAGGAACAGGUUUGCAGAGAGACCUUAUCUGUGCAAGGAAUUAAUACACAAGGCAGAUUUAAUUUCUCUGUAUGCAACAGUCAAGGAAAUUGCAUGGGUGAAAUUGGCAGACAAAACAAAUGUUGACAUUUUAGAGGAUGGAAGCAGGAAGAUUACAUCCCUUGAUGAGUAUGCCAGUCUGAUAGUGUCUCCUCACUGUCAAGAUUUCACCGUCUGUUAUUUGUCGCUAGUCAGUCCUGAAGAAAAAAAAUCAAAAGGGUCAUUGUCACAGCGAUCGACUUCCCUUACAUCAGCAGUUUCUCCAAGACUGUCUCCUGCUAAAUCGUCAUCGGAACAGGUGCAUAACUUUAAGCCGAAGGAGGCCGUAGUUCAUCCUUACUGCUCAAAGGAAAAAAGUGUCAUUGAAGGAGAAAAAUCCCAGCACCCAAUUUUAGUUCCCCAGAGUUUUGAUGCCAGUUUUCCCACACACCCUCCAGUGCAUGAGCCAGACCCAACAGUUGCCUCUCAGCAAGCACAGACUACUUCCUCUCUCCAGACAGAAACAAUCUCACACUCAUCUUCACAGCCACAGCAGUUGCCAAUUCGGGAUGUUGAACUUACUGGGAAUGCACAUGUUGUUUUACCAUCUAGUCAAACUUCCAUUCAUGGAGAUGUUCCUUUACCAUUCCAAGAGCCACCUAUUAGUGCAAAGGAUCAUCAAAACUUUGUUUCCCGAAAAAGACAGAACAGCAAAUCUUCUUUCACUGUUGGAUCGCCAAGCUCACAUGAAAUCUCCAGUAUUAGUCGAUCUUCGACCCCAGAUGGUCUGCGAACAACAAUAGACACUGAUGCAUCAAUUUCUCAUGAUAUGGUCUGUGACAACAGCCUUACUAAAGCACCUGUAUAUAAGCACAGACACAGCUCUCCAACACAUCACACCUCCAGCCCUUAUGAAAUUCAAGUGAAAGAUUUACCCCUUGUGUUCAAAGAAACCGUUCGAACUGAAGACAUUUCCCUCAGUGGUUCGUUCUUAGGUUACCAAGAGGGAAGUGCACCUGCCUUCUUGUGCGAACAGCAAAAAGCACCUACUUCUUCCCUCCAACAACAAAGUGCACCUGCCAGAGACUUUCUCUCAUGGUCACAAGCUCAGAGCUUUCAGCAGGUUUGUGAUAUUUCCAAUUUAGAAACCCUUAACAAUGACAAAUCGCAGAGCAGUGGAUCUGAGCAGGACGUAACUUUGCAAGGCAGUAACUCCUUCCAGCGGUCCUUCCCUCAAGUCACGCAAGAAGUUUCUCCUAGCCCUACACACAUUACAACUUCAGGACCACCCCAAGCUGCUGACUCUAGUCAUUUUCAUGAGCCAAGUAUAGUAACCCGUGCGUCUGAUAAGAACUCACAUCCUGCUGUGUGUUUGCCGAAUAAAGAUGCUAAAAACUGGUCCAAAGAAGUCGGCUUUGAGAAGUCACUGACGGACACAGAGACAUCUGUGGGUGCUAAGAAUUAUGAUGAGGAUUGUGAGGACGCAAGUGAACGCAGAGGUCAAUACACGUGGAGGACUCUGCACGUUUCCCGUAACUGCUGCCCGUCAGAGUGGAUUCACCCGCUGAAGCUUGCACUUGAAGGGAAUGUUUCAAAAGGUGAGGAAAUUCCUGCCCAUCCCAGCUUGCAGCAUUUUCAGUCUACUGCUUCCUCUGUAAAGCUGAACAAGAAAAACUGCCACAUAACCACCGUGCCAGCCCCGAUUUCUCUGACAUGUCCUUUCCAACAUGAACAUAAGAGGGAACCGGUUCAUGAACCUGAAGAGGUUAACGGUCAAGGGAGCUCAUCUGUCGGAGAGUUUCAUCACGGGAGAUUGAAAAUCAUCAUCUCUGAGGGAAUAGUCUACAGGCUCAUUCACCGAGAAGAAAUGAAAGUGAUUGAAGUCCACCCUGGAGAUGGGAGUAUUUUGGUAUCCCAAGGCGUGCAGGCUCACUUUUUUGUUCACUACGUUUUAGUUGGAGAUCAGCUUGAGGAGAGAACAUACUCUCUGAAGUCGUUACCGCCAGAGCGACGAAAGGGAAGUUACUCAGUGGCAAAGCUCAUCAAGACGGCACAUAGGUUCGUGAUCAUGUCAAUACAGUGGGAUAAAAGAGGUCUGAAGGAAGAAGUUCCUUGUUGGAAGAAGGAGGUGGUGGCUGUAGUGGAGCCUCUGUCGUCUUCACUGUUGGAGGAGUGUCAGGUUGAAGGACUGGGGAAGUUUUCUGCCUUCACAAGCGGAAGAGUGCGCAUCGUGUUCGACGACAGGGUGGCUUUGGAUCUACAGUGCAACUUUUCCCGACGUUUGGAGGAGUGCUCAAAACAUAGCAAAGACCCUCAGCCUUUUCUUGUACAAAACACAUCUGGUCUGCCAUUUAGUUACACAAGUGGACGACUGAUGCUUCCUUCUGGACAGUAUGUUACAGUGGAUAUUGGCAGCCCAGGACCAUACAGAAAGUAUGUUCAGGCGGCGAAGGAAUGGGCGUCGUGGGUGAAUGCGUCGCCAAUGGAGAGGCAAGAGUUCUACCAAAAACAGCACUUGCCAACUGUGAUGCAGAGAGCUGCAGAACUGGAGCUGAAAAAAAUAUUUUGCUUCAAUUACAUUCUGGAACAAACACAGCUGUGUGAACAAGUAGGCCAACAAGGGACAGAACUGGCGGAGAUCUCUGCACACAUACCAGCUUCAGAGAGAAAGAAUAUUUCUCCUCGCUUGUCAGCGCAGACUCCAACAGCUUCUUUGUUUCAACCUCGAUCUAAAGGAAAUGAAGCCUUUAUGCCUGGGUACAGAAACAGUGCUUUGCCUUUGAAUGACAGUCAGUUUCGUGAUCAGAAAUUACCACAUGGGACACAGUCCAACUUCCACAGACAAUCUCAUGGGUCGACUCAUUCUUCUAAAACGGAUGAAAUCAAGCAAGGCUUUUUGUCUGUAAGACAAGCACUUCUGCAGACUUCAAGCAUGAUCAGUGACAUAGAUAACUUUUUAGAGAGUAGCAAGAAGGUUUGACUUUUGUCUGCAUUCUUUCCAAUGAUGAGGUUACGAUUUAGGUAUUUGGGAGUCUCUGGGGCCCUUACUUCUGUGAAGGCCUUGUCAAAGACGAAAGUAGAGGGUGAUGUGCAAAAGGUGACUUUCAUUCUUCUUAUCUGGGAAUAAUGGUUACCUCUUUAUACAGGGGGUUACCAUACAAAGGUACAUCACUGUCUGCUGGAAAAAUAUUCAAUGGUUUUUUAUCAAACUUGUGUACCAUUAUUUAUUCUUGUUGUUGUAAUUGUUAAAGUAGCCUUUGAGCACAUGCCUGUCGUCCUAAUGCCAUGAUAAAAAGAUGGGGGCGGGGGUUCUACAUUAAAUUGUGAUCUUUGCUGCCGUUUAGGGUAUUGUCUGUGGUAAAGAUGGGAGGAAGAAGUUGCCAUUGGAGAUCUUAUAGUUUGGGACAUGGAUAGAGUAAGUGUUGGACUUUUGAUGAGGUAGUCACAUAGCAAGCACGUUGGUUGGUUGUUUUUUUUUCCUGGACUGAUUCUGUUUUGAUGAAAGUUUAAAAGUAUAGAGUUGUUCAUUGUUAAAAUCAGAGAAACAGAUUACUGCUGAGAAGGCAAUUAUCAAGUUACAGGUAUGUGAGUUUUUGUAGUGGUGCUAAUAUGGUUCUGUUUUAGGACUUGUAAUUCAUCUCCUGAAUUCAGAGUAGUCUUAAUUUCCUCGUGGCAUUAUAUUUGGAAUGUUUUAUUUUUAUUGUACUGUUUAUAGUAGUAGGCCUAGAGGUCUGAAGCCAAAUCACAAGGACCUGGAUUUGCAUUGAGUAGGAAAAUAUGUUGGUCUUCAGACAUACUGUAAACUUUAUUUUUAAAAUUGAAAAGUGCUGAACUAUAUUUUCAUAAUUGACAUGGAGAUUGUUCCGAACAAACUCUAAGAUGAUGAAGUGAAAUACAUAUUACGUCAAGAAUGUAUGCUUUAAAUUUUACAAUAAAUCAAAUGAAAAUUGAAAA